ACACUCUAGAUCUACAAGCAAUAUGCAGCCAGCCACUUGCCUGGAAAGGGUCUGUGCGUGUCCAAGCUGAGGGCAGCAGAUGCUGGAUCCAGGGAGCUCUCUGCACCAAGUGAGCAAGCGAGGCCUCCAGGGACUGACUUGCCAACAGCUGGACUUGAUCACCAGCUUGAAACUGAGAUCAUACACUGGGUAGAACAACAAGCGGACUUUGUUCUCUGGCUGUGCAAAGCGUUGUUUUCCAAGGAAUUGCCACAGCGGUAGACAGAAAACCAGAGAUCACACUACCUGGAUGGACCCUUAAGUCUCUUUAGAGAAACAAAGUGUUAAGAAAUUCUGCUGCUGGGGAGUGUACAGGAUGAUGAUGACUCUUCCGAGAGCUUGUUCACUGGUUCUCUUCCUCACAGCAUUUCUGCCCCCACCACAGCAUGCCCAGGACCCAGCUAUGGUGCAUUACAUCUACCAGCGCUUCCAAGUCUUGGAGAAAGGGCUGGAAAAAUGUACCCAAACAACAAGGGCAUACAUUCAAGACUUCCAGGAAUUCUCAAAAAACAUCUCCAUCAUGCUGGGGAAGUGUCGGACCCAGACGAGUGAAUAUAAGAGUGCAGUGGACAGCCUGUCACUGAGAGUGGAGCGUGCCCAGCGGGAGAUUGACUACCUGCAAUACCUCCGGGAAGCUGACACAUGCAUCGAAGCAGAGGAGAAGACACUGGCUGAAACGGUACUUCAAGAAGCAGAAGAAGAAAAGAAGAUCCGAGCUCUGUUGAAUGCAAGCUGUGACAACAUGCUGAUGAGUAUAAAGUCUCUGAAAAUAGUGAAGAAGACCAUGGACCCAGAUGGCUCUUGGAUGAAAGACGCUGGUGGAAACUCUGCAAAGGUGUAUUUAUUAAUUGGAUCCAGAAACAACACAGUUUGGGAAUUUGCAAAUUUGCGGGCAUUCAUGGAAGAUAGCACCAAGCCUGGCCCCCGGAAGCUAAUCUUACCACUUUCCUGGCAGGGAUCAGGGCAAGUGAUCUACAAAAGCUUUCUAUUUUUUCACAAUCAAGGAACUUCUAAUGAGAUAAUUAAAUACAAUCUGCAGAAGAAGACUGUGGAGGAUCGAAUGCUUCUCCCAGGAGGGGCAGGCCGAGCACCCAUCUAUCAACACUCCCUAUCCACUUACAUUGACCUUGCUGUGGAUGAACAUGGGCUCUGGGCCAUCCACUCAGGACCGGGUAUCCAAGGCCAUUUGGUUCUCACAAAAAUUGAGCCAGACACUUUGGGGGUAGAGCAUUCAUGGGACACACCGUGUAGAAACCAGGAUGCUGAAGCUUCAUUCAUCCUAUGUGGGGUCCUCUAUGUGGUCUACAGUUCUGGUGGCCAGAGCCCUCAUCGUAUCACCUGUGUCUAUGACCCACUGGGCACUGUUAGGGAAGAGCAUCUGCCCAAUUUGUUCUUCCCCAGGAGGCCUAGAAGUCACUCCAUGAUCCAUUACAACCCUAGAGAUAAGCAGCUGUAUGCCUGGAAUGAAGGCAAUCAGAUCAUUUACAAACUCCAGACAAAGAAAAGGCUGCCUCUGGAGUAAUGGAUGGCAGCUUGGAGGGAGAGCUGUGUGGCUUGGGCAGUGGUUUUCCAGAACACUGAGGUCACAGCCCCUUUACAGUGUAGUACCUGUCUAGAUGCACACAAAAAUAGGAUGUAAAAGUUUAAAUACAUAUUAUUCCUUUCCCAAAUGUCAUUGCCUUAGGUAUUAUUUGAGAGUAUAGAUGAGGCCAUUGUUCCAAAGUUUUGACCAAUACCCCAUCCUCAUCCAAGUCUGAUGGGGCUUAAGGCCUCCUCCAUCUGAUCUUAGUCCCAAUCUUUCCUUAUUCCAGCAUUUUUCCUCUGGCUCUAUUCCUCUUCCAGCAAUUAGGAUAUUGCCACUCCUGAUACUCAGUGAUUUCUUCUUUAGCUUUCACUCACUCAGGCUCUGUCCUCUUUUUCAAAUGCUCGUAAAUAUUUUUUCAUUGCCCAACUUUAUUAGUUAAUUUUCUUGUUGCUAUGACCAAAUACCUAGCAAGAGGCAACUUAAGAGAGAAAAAGUUUGUGCUGGCAUAUAGUUUUAAAGGGGAGCCAGGCACAGUGGUACACAGAGGCAGGUGGAUUUCUGUGAGUUAA